CGGCUCAGGGAGUCACGCGCUUGGGUCUCGGCGGGGCUGCGGGACCGCGAGUGAGUGUGGUCGCUGCUGGUUCUGCCAGCUCCCCUGAGAGCCUGAACCCGGGCUUGAGAGCCUCGCCACCCCGGGUGACGUCCCUGCCGUGGGCUUGGGGGCUCUGGGUGUGAACCCGCCGGUCCGGGUCCCGCAGCGACCACCUACCCAGCGCAGUCAGGGGCGGGGCUGGGACCCAGAGCGGGACCCCGGCUGCCGAGUCCAGGUGUCCCGCGGGCCUCGAUUCGGGGAGCAGAAAACGCCAGGUCUUCAAGGAUGUCUGCCACCACUAUGCCUGACCCAUUUGGCAGCAGCCUCGUGUGUGGUGGUCUGGUGUGGACGGUGGAAGUGUGAUUCUGCUGAGUGUCAGCGUGACCACUCGUGCUCAGCCGUAUCUCAGGCAGGAGGACAGGUGCCGGAGCAGCUCGUGCAGCUAAGCAGCCAACUGCAGAAACGUCAGGUGUCCCAUUGCUGGCUCUGCCACGGAAACUCUCCAAAGGGCUCUCUCUACCCACUCCUGUGAGCUUUUUCUCCACCGGAAACUGUGUUAAGGUCACCUUUGACUUCAUCAUUGUUCUGCAGGUUACCACUCCCCCUUUUAAAAAGAUUGUGGUGAAAUAAUACAUGACCUAAAAUGCGCCAUUUGAACCACCGUUCGGCGUGCAGUGCCGUGGCAUGAAGUAUGUUCACAGUGCUGUGCGGCCAUCGCCACCUUCCGUCUCCAGAACUGAGCCCUGCUCUUCCCUCCCAGCCCCCGGCAGCUGCCAUUCUGCUCUCUGUCUCUACGGCUUUGAGGACUCUAGCCUCCACCCUGUCUGCUGCUGCUCUUCGGACACCGGACCCUACACACCCCUCGGACAGUACGGCACCCACCCUGUCCUUCAACUCUUGCUUGGCCCCGUAAGCCAGUCCUUCCAGGCUCCUGCCUCCUCUGGUCAUUCCCUGCGUGGGCCUCUCGCAGGAAGCAGUUUUCCUGUGUCCCCCGCCGACCCCCUGCAGGAGGCCUGUUGCAGUCUCCAAGGCACCAUGAAUGCCAUCGUGGCUCUCUGCCACUUCUGCGAGCUCCACGGCCCCCGCACUCUCUUCUGCACGGAGGUGCUGCACGCCCCACUUCCUCAAGGGGAUGGGAAUGAGGACAGUCCUGGCCAGGGUGAGCAGGCGGAAGAAGAGGAAGGUGGCAUUCAGAUGAGCAGUCGGAUGCGUGCGCACAGCCCCGCAGAGGGGGCCAGCGUCGAGUCCAGCAGCCCGGGGCCCAAAAAGUCGGACAUGUGCGAGGGCUGCCGGUCACUUGCUGCAGGGCACCCGGGAUAUAUCAGCCAUGAUAAAGAGACCUCCAUUAAAUACGUCAGCCACCAGCACCCCAGCCACCCCCAGCUCUUCAGCAUUGUCCGCCAGGCCUGUGUCCGGAGCCUGAGCUGUGAGGUCUGCCCUGGCCGUGAAGGCCCCAUCUUCUUCGGAGAUGAGCAGCACGGCUUUGUGUUCAGCCACACCUUCUUCAUCAAGGACAGCCUGGCCAGGGGCUUCCAGCGCUGGUACAGCAUCAUCACCAUCAUGAUGGACCGGAUCUACCUCAUCAACUCCUGGCCCUUCCUGCUGGGGAAGGUCCGGGGAAUCAUCGAUGAGCUCCAGGGCAAGGCGCUCAAGGUGUUUGAGGCAGAGCAGUUUGGAUGCCCACAGCGUGCUCAGAGGAUGAACACAGCCUUCACGCCAUUCCUACACCAGAGGAACGGCAACGCCGCCCGCUCGCUGACAUCGCUGACAAGUGAUGACAACCUGUGGGCGUGCCUGCACACCUCCUUUGCCUGGCUCCUGAAGGCGUGUGGCAGCCGGCUGACCGAGAAGCUCCUGGAAGGUGCUCCGACCGAGGACACCUUGGUCCAGAUGGAGAAGCUCGCUGAUUUAGAAGAGGAAUCAGAAAGCUGGGACAACUCUGAGGCUGAAGAGGAGGAGAAAGCCCCUGUGUUGCCAGAGGGUACAGAAGGGCGGGAGCUGACCCAGGGCCCGGCAGAGUCCUCCUCUCUCUCAGGCUGUGGGAGCUGGCAGCCCCGGAAGCUGCCAGUCUUCAAGUCCCUCCGGCACAUGAGGCAGGUCCUGGGUGCCCCUUCUUUCCGCAUGCUGGCCUGGCACGUUCUCAUGGGGAACCAGGUGAUCUGGAAAAGCGGAGACGUGGACCUCGUCCAGUCAGCUUUUGAAGUGCUUCGGACCAUGCUACCCGUGGGCUGCGUCCGCAUCAUCCCAUACAGCAGCCAGUACGAGGAGGCCUAUCGGUGCAACUUCCUGGGGCUCAGCCCGCACGUGCAGAUCCCCCCCCACGUGCUCUCCUCAGAGUUUGCUGUCAUCGUGGAGGUCCACGCAGCCGCACGUUCCACCCUCCACCCUGUGGGGUGUGAGGAUGACCAGUCUCUCAGCAAGUACGAGUUUGUGGUGACCAGCGGGAGCCCUGUAGCUGCAGACCGAGUGGGCCCCACCAUCCUGAAUAAGAUUGAAGCGGCUCUGACCAACCAGAACCUGUCUGUGGAUGUGGUGGACCAGUGCCUCGUCUGCCUCAAGGAGGAGUGGAUGAACAAAGUGAAGGUGCUUUUUAAGUUCACCAAGGUGGACAGUCGACCCAAAGAGGACACACAGAAGCUGCUGAGCAUCCUGGGUGCGUCCGAGGAGGACAAUGUCAAGCUGCUGAAGUUCUGGAUGACUGGCCUGAGCAAGACCUACAAGUCACACCUCAUGUCCACGGUCCGCAGCCCCACAGCCUCGGAGUCUCGGAAUUGACCCGUCACACACACCUGCCUAAAGACAGGGAUGGCUGUCCACAGGCUCCUCCAGCCCUGUGAGAGGGACUGUCCCUUGAGUUUCUCAACUGCUGGAAGGAGCUGUGUCCCAGCAAGGAAGGGAAACCGUCGGGGCUGGGCUCGGCCAUGUCAGGUUUGGGGCCUGUGUGCUUCCCAGACUCUCCCUCCAGUCGCUGGAAUCGCUGAAGAUGGCAAUGAAAGGCGGAGGGAUGAUGGGCUCUCUCUGUGUUCAAACCCCUUGGAGAGACGACUAGGAGGACAGCUUGCCUCUCAGGCCCCUUGUGGACUUAGACUCAAAACCUGCAGGAGAAACAGGUCUGACUCAGUAUGCAGUCGCAAUAACAUGUCUGCUCCCGAGGUUAACAUUCAAGCAUUUCUACUUUGAAAUUCAGCAAGAGUUUCUGGGCCUUAUGUUUGAGGAUACCUUUUGCUGCAGUUGUGAAUAUUCAGUACAUUGCCAGCUCUUGGUCACUGAAUGAUUGAGUUAGGGCUCCGCAAGAGACUUUGGGGAGUGAAGUGGAUCUCUUCCUCAUCUUCUGGUCCUCUGAAAUGUGUGUUCUGAAGCCAUGGGGCUCGUCUUCUGGGGUGUUCCCCUGCAGGUGCUGGUGAAGGUAACCUGGGGCUUAACGAUGGAGUCCCUGAUCAUUUUUGCACAAGACAGGUUGCUGAGGGGUCGGCAAGCAUCUGACUUGCCCAAUCCCCUGGAUAUGGUGAGCCCCACCAUGCUUUUAUUCUGUAUCGCUUUUAUCUUUAUUGCUGCUUUCAACAUUUACGUUUGGUUACAGUUAACUAUUUUCGGAGUGUGGUGAUUGAAGACAAUUUCAUCAUCCCACUGUACUUUUUUUUUUGAGAGGGAGUUUCACUCUUGUUGCCCAGGCUGGAGUGCAAUGGCACGAUCUUGGCUCACUGCAACCUCUGCCUCCUGGGUUCAAGCAAUUCUCCUGCCUCAGCCUCCAGAGUAGCUGGGAUUACAGGUACCCACCAACACACCCAGCUAGUUUUUUUUUUUUUUUUUUUUUGAGAUGGAGUCUCACUCUGUUGCCCAGGCUGGAGUGCAGUGGUGCAAUCUUGGCUCACUGCAAGCUCCGCCUCCCAGGUUCACGCCAUUCUCCUGCCUCAGCCUCCCGAGUAGCUGGAACUACAGGUGCCCGCCACUAUGCCCAGCUAAUUUUUGUAUUUUUUAGUAGAGACGGGGUUUCACCGUGUUGGCCGGGCUGGUCUCAAACUCCUGACCUCAGGUGAUCCACCCACCUCAGCAGCCUCCCAAAGUGCUGGGAUUACAAGCGUGAGCCACUGUGCCUGGCCCUUUUUUUUUUUUUUUUUUUUUUUUUUUUUAAAGAGAUGGCAUCUUGCUAUGUCAUCCAGGCUGGUCUUGAACUCCUGAGUUCAGGCAGUCCUCCUGCUUCAACCUACAGCUACAGGUACCCCCCACUAUACAUUUUUAAUAAGGAUUCAUGGCUCAGAGGGAUUUUCUGAUGGUUUUGCUGAUUUGUUUCUAGUUUUUUUGUGUUUAACAUGAAGACCAAGUUUAUAUAACUAGGUAUCUGUAUAAUGCAACAACAUUGGAACACAAUAAAGAUGUAUUUUUGUAAA